GCUGAAUUCGUUAUUUCCAUGGGCUUCAAUCUCGCUCUUUUAUACACAAUUCGACACGGCCAGAACCUCUCGAUUCUGCUUUGCAUAAUAGCCACUUCGAAUUGCAUAGCCGCUGCGGCUCUAUUGUGUGGGAAGAGGCCAAUGGAAAAAGCAUCAGCAAUUGCAGUCUAUGUUAUAUGGAAAAUCCUUCAAGAAGUUAUAUUGGUUCCUGUACUAGUCAUCUUCACUGCCCUUAUAGCGGAGGUAGGUGAAUCUUAUCAACUCAUUGAAAGGAAAUACGUGACUCAUGGCAUAUUAGUCGUCCUAUGGAUCUAUGCUCUCUUCUCUAUGGUAUCCGUUAUAUUCCUUGGUCAGUAUUUAGUUCGAGCAAUGCGUUUAGUAAAAAAAGAUACAUCAUUUUGCUUGUAA